CAAAAGAGGAAACCACCCUGGCCCACAGCAUAACCUGUGCCCUGACAGACAUGUCACUCUACAAGUCACUUCGCAGUCAUGGUGCAAGGUAGCUCAUCAUUCUCCAGGGAGACUUCGCACUAAACACCCGACCAGUAAUAAUAUUUCCUCAAUCUUCAGAAAUGAUCCGACUAGACAACACCCAAUAUUUCCAUUUCCUGCAGCAGGCAGAUGCCUUACGUCGCUCCGGGACGCUCUGCGAUGCCAUCAUCUUGGUAAAAAGUCAAACUUUUAGGGCUCAUCGGUUGGUUCUCGCCUGUGCGAGCAGAACGUUGGCGCAGCAGCUCGCUCAAGGAGACGUCGACAGCCCGGUGCACUGCACUCUGGAGAAUUUCUCGCCCCACACCUUCCAGCAAGUCCUGGACUUCACCUAUACCCAAGCUCUGGAGGUGUCCGUGGACGAUCUGCGUCUGUUGCUCAGAGCUGCUCAGCAGCUGGAGAUGCAGCUACUGGAGGACCAGUGUCAGAAGCAGCUGGACUCUCUCAGCUACAGAGCUGGAGAGGAGCAUGAAAGUGAGGAAAACACAGAUGUCAAAGAGGAGAAGGAGGAGAAAGAUCAAAAGCAAAGUCCAGCUUCUGAGGAGAAACUCCAAGAGACAUGUUCCCCAGUAGAGAAAGCACAUAUUGCCAUGAAAAACCCUCCACAAAACAAUCCACAAUCCCCUAGAAAGAAGCCCAGAUUGUCCUCAACAGGGCAUAGAGACAGUGUUAUCAGCAGGCCGACCACCAGCAGCUCCUCCUUCUCUCCUCCGUGGACUUUCUCUGCAAACAUGUGGGAGUCUGUCAGCACACUGAGGCGAAUAGCACAAAACUACUCAGACCUACUCGCAGCUCACCCCAUUCAGUCCCCAAAUCAGGCCUCUGUAGCUUACCCAUUCUCCCUCACCACUCCCCACAUGUUCCCCCUACUGAGUCCCCAUUUCCAAACCCCAGGUCAGAACUCUGUAAUGGGCUACUCAGGCUUUCAUCCCCGUUACACACAAAACCUUUACGCCGGAUCUACACGGAUGGGCAGCAUCAUCAAACAAGGCCUGCCAAAGAGAAAUAAGGCCAACCAGAGAGCGUUCAUAGGGACAAAUGUUCAAACUGGUGAGCCAAGUUACCCUGAAGCGCCCAAAGCCAGUGCAAAGAGAGUUAAAGACUGUCGGCACUGCAGUGCAGCUCUCCUUGAUGACCUGGUGCUGCGGGAGUCGGCCUCCGCACAAUUAGGUAAAGCCUGUGCAGGAUGUCGCUUCUGUGGAAGAGGAGAUGGUGUGCAAAACGAAACAGACGCGAGAGGAGAACACAGAGGAGAAAAACCCUACCAGUGCCAACACUGCCCCAAGAAGUUCAGUCUGAAGCAUCAGCUGGACACACAUCACCGAGUUCACACCGGGGAGAAACCCUUCGAGUGUCGCCUCUGUGGCCAGCGCUCGCGGGACUAUUCGGCCAUGAUCAAGCACCUGCGGACUCACGGCGGCGCGGCGCCCUACCAGUGCACGGUUUGCCUGGAGUUCUGCAGCAGCCUGGUGGCCAUGCAGAGACACGUCAAGACCCACGCCGUGCAGGACUUCCCUCCCGACUGGAGCAUCAGCAGCACCUACCUGUACAUCUCCCACAUCUGAACGCCCAAAUCGGAGCCCUCCAUCAAAGUUCUCAUAGCUGGAACUCUAGUUUCUGCUUCUCAUGUUUUAUCGUUAGACAUGCAGUCAUGAGUGCUUUUUCUGAAGAAUUCACUCCUGAAACCAUUUAACAACGCGUAUCACUGUUUAAAGUACACAAGCACACAAACUGAUGCUAUCAGAGGUGUAGCAGCAACAACUUCUACACAUACUGAAACUGUUCUGUGUUGACAUUCUCGGCUACAGAACAGAGUGCAGCACUAAUUUCCAAUGACAUGUCAGAAAAGGUAUUGAAACUGUUUAGCAUUUAUUCAAGCCACAUCAACAAAUUAUCCUCGUCGAAUGACGCAGGAAUCUUCCCUCCGACUUUCACAAUUAUUGGACUGCUUGUGUAGGCCUUGCAGGUCUGACUCUGGUUUAUAGCUCCCUCCUGAGGACAACCACUGCAACAAAAUACUUCUUUUUUUCCCCCCUAUAUUAGUACUCGAAAGGGCCUCACCCUGCCAAAAAUGGGACCAGUGACGAAGGGAUCACAUUUGGAGAUGGACAAAAGAAAUUUAGGUUUUCUGUUACUCCGAAUUUGUCAGGACAAAUAAAUUAAUAAAUCACAUUCAUAUGCCUCAUGAUGCGUUUGCAUUUUAACUAAAAUAUUGACUUUGUUCUGGUCUACUAAGGGGGUGGAAGAGAUUUCUCCAAAGUCAGUCAAAACAAUUUCAACAACUGAGCUACAGCAUUGCUUGAGAGAAAAAAUCCUACAUAUGAAAAGAAUUUAGAUGUCACUUCAUAGCUCAAUAAUGUGCACUGGCUCAGUGGAUUGUGAUGAGAAUAAUGGAGCUUUGCAGCUAUGCAUAUCUAGACUGGAAAAAAAAAAGUGCUGGAAAACUACCAGAAAUUAAUACCCAUUUCAAGGAAUGGAAUCACUGAAGCAAUGCCUCGCCUUCAUUUUACCUGACAAUGUGUCUUUUUAGGCUUUUUAUUGUUUAAUGAAGAGAAAUUAAAAAAUUAAAAACACACACCACACACACUUCUGUAUUUAUCAUGUAACAAAAUAAAAUCAUCGUUUCAUUUUCAGUUAAUUGUCACUAAUCAUAUUUAAUUUUGGAAAUAUAUCUAGUCAAAUGCAAUUGAAUAAUAAAAUAAAUUACAAUAAAUUUGCAAAUAGGUGAGCAUCUUUUCAUCAGUUUCAAAUUUCUUUAAAAAUUGAAAUUGAUGGCAUUUUAUUUAUGUGUUUUAAAGUUAAUUUAUAUGACUUUUUAUAUUAUUGCUAUUUCUGUGUAUUAAAAAAAAGUAAAAUUGAAAACAAAACAAAAAAAAAGACUGCAUAUGUUUUAUGGUGUGGCUGCUGACAAUCAGCUGUCCACUGCAUUUUGUCUGUUUGCAGAUAUUCUGUAUGCCAAGCCUCCUAAAACUACAAAGGCAUGGACAUGCUGGGGGGCAAAAAAAAUGCAUCUCAGAAGCAUUACCAAGUGGUAUUUAGCAGUUAAAUCACACCUCUGUAAAUGCAAGUUAUGUGACUGUGAAACUAUCACAAUAGCUGCCUUGUGUGUUUGUCUGUAAUCAGGAAUGUUGCUUCCUAGAGGAGCUCUUGGUACAGCUUUUGGGCCUGUUUCUACUGAAAGAUAUAUGAAUGUGUACAGCAUUAUCUUGAUGUUCAUGGGGAAGAAAAUGCAUGUUUUAAUCAAUUCUCAUUUGUAGGCUUUGAAGGAUCAGUAUGUCAUGUCUUUGAUUACCAAUGCAUCGAAUAAAGUUUGCAAACCGCUA